CAGGUGGAAAGUCCACUUACGCCAACGAUUGGGUGGAAUUAAACUAUGAAUACUGUAGGUUCUGCCGGCUCAGUUGUUGAUGGUUUGAAAUAACAAGGACAGCGCAGGUGUCCGAUACCUUUUCCACGAUCUAUCAUUUUGCUUCUUCAGUUCGGGAAUGUUGCCAUGUGGGAAUGGAGUUAGUUGCAUUUAGGGCAAGGGUUUCGGCUUCACUAUGUAUAUAUAAUCGUUUGCCUUUUGCGCAGAGAGGAUUAAUACACCAAGGAUGUUUUGCGCAAAAUUAAAGGAACUUAAAAUUUCUGGAGAGUGCCCGUUCUCUAUGAUCGUUAAAAAUGAAGAGCCUCGGAAUUUUGAGGAUUGCUCAAGCGGUCGUUCCACAAACGAAGUGCCCAUUUCUAAAGAUGUGCAUGGACAUAUGCAUCCUCAACGGAAAACAAGCAAGAGUAAAGUUAAUCUUCACACACUCGGAGAAAGCAUUCGAAAAUUAGUAUGUCCGGAGUUACAGAGAUUACAAAAUGCUUUCAUGAGAGUGGUACAGCAACACAAGUCAGAUGUGCCCUGCCCAGGUGUUUCUUACACUGAUUUUUGUCAAAAUAGGAGAUUGGAAAAGCCAGAGCACCUAGAGGAUAUCAUGAAGAACUUCUGUGUCAAAACAGGUAUUGAUAUGGAUACGUUGAAAGUAUCCUUGGGCAUUGAGGUAUUUAGAGCCUGCUAUGAAGAGGAUGGUCAUAUUUUAGGAGUAGUGGGGGGAGCCCUACAUGACUUCCUGAACAGCUUCAAUGUGCUUCUAAAGCAAAGCACACCCCCCACCCCUGAGGCCAGGAGACACAUCAACGAAGCCUCCGUGCUCUGCUUGGAUAAAGACCCAGGGCUGCUCACCGUCUACUACUUCAAUCCCCAUCCCACCACAGAGCUCUUCUUCCCAGGCAUCAUCAAGGCAGCUGCUGGGGUGCUCUACCGCAUGGAAGUGGAAGUGAGGAUGGACCCCGGGGCCAAGGAGAACGCCCUGGAGGCCAGCCAACAGCCCCACCUGCUCUACUCGGUGGUGAUGCUGGACGCUAAGAGCCUGACCCCCAGCCCCAUGCGGACGCUGUCCAGCGGAGACAUCUCGCUCUCGCUGCUCUACGCCACCUUUCCCUUCCACGUCAUGGUGGACCAGGACAUGGGGAUGGUUCAGAUCGGUGACGGGCUCCGGCGCAGGCUUCCCCGCCGGGACGCCACGAGGAGAGCGAGGUUUGAAGAUUACUUUGCCAUCAUCAGCCCAGAGAUCUGCUGCACCUUUCAGGGGAUCCUCACCAUGCUCAACACCAUGUUUAUUUUGCGGAUGAAGCCGGGAGUGUGGACAGUGGAGCGUCCUGCAAAGCUUAUGGAUCUGAAGGGCCAGAUGAUUUUCAUGUCUGAGAUGAAUGCCAUCCUCUUCCUGGGCUCUCCAUGCGUCGACAAGCUGGAUGAGCUGAUGGGUCACGGCCUGUACCUGUCUGACAUCCCCAUCCACAAUGCCCUGCGUGACGUGGUGCUGGUGGGGGAGCAGACCAAGGCCCAGGAUGGCCUGAAGAAGCGGCUGGGCAAGGCCAUGGCUGCUUUGGAGCUGGCGCACCAGGCCCUGGAGGAGGAGAAGAGGCGCACCGUCGAGCUGCUCUCCACCAUCUUCCCUGGGAAUGUGGCACAGCGGCUGUGGCAGGGCCUUCCAGUCCCAGCCAAGAAGUUUGACAACGUCACCAUGCUGUUCUCCGACAUUGUGGGCUUCACUGCCAUAUGCUCACGCUGCACGCCCAUGCAGGUUGUUGCCAUGUUAGGGGAGCUGUACACACGCUUUGACCACCACUGUGGCGAGCUGGAUGUAUAUAAGGUGGAGACCAUUGGAGAUGCUUACUGCGUGGCCGGCGGCUUGCAUAAGGAGAGUGAGACCCAUGCCGUUCAGAUUGCUCUUAUGGCUCUGAAGAUGAUGGAACUUUCAGAUGAAGUCACAACCCCCACAGGAGAUGUCAUUAGGAUGCGCAUUGGCAUCCAUUCAGGAUCUGUCUUGGCUGGUGUGGUUGGUGUACAAAUGCCUCGCUACUGCCUGUUUGGUAACAAUGUGACUCUUGCAAACAAAUUUGAGUCUUGCAGCCAGACGCGAAGGAUAAACCUCAGUCCAACCACAUACAGGUUGUUAAAAGAUCGGCCAGAGUUCACGUUCAUACCACGGAGCAGAGAGGAGCUUCCGCCUAACUUCCCCUCUGAGAUCCCUGGUGUUUGUUACUUCCUCGAGGCUUUCGAUCAAAGGAGCAGCAGCGACUCGAACACAGAUGGGCCGCUGGCUGGCCAUUCAGACACUAUCGUGUAACACACAUAAACAGUAUUGGGACGACGAACUUAAAGAACACUGUGCUGGUGCCAGAAGCUGUGUAUUCGCCAUUCACAUCCCAUUGAUGCAGAUAUAGCAGCCAUCCCAGCAAUAGCAUUACCUAAGAUUGUCAAAAUGACUUGCUCUUUUUUCACAGUGCACUGUUUCAUUUACCUUGCAACUAAAUAUGUAGUAAUAAUUAGAUUAUAGACACUUCUUUUUAUAGCACACAGUGGAUUAAUAUGAGGCUACAGCAGUAACAGCUCCGCAUUUUAGUUAGACCGUAAUGGAUUUGCAUAAUGCGAUUGUUCCAAAAUUAAACCAUUCAUGACUUUGACAUUUUGUAUUUCAACUGAGCUGUAAUAAAUAUAUGACUACUCAAA